AUGCUUAGAUGUAUAAUACGAGGAGUUCCUCGAUGCUCUAAAUUAAUUACAAGACGAUCAAUAGUCCCUAGUUCUCACGCUAUACCAAAGGUGAAUACGGGGUUUAAAAUACAAAGAUUUCAAAGUACAUCAAGAAGUGGUCAAAAUAAUCAAAUACUGGACUCAUCAAAGAUUGAAGACAUAAAUUUAAGGAAAUAUUAUGACUAUUUAUGGGAAGAUGUGGAAAAGAAGAUAACUUUAAAAACAUCCAAAUCCAAACUUCAAGAUCUGUUAAGUUUUACUUUAAUUACUUAUGAGAAUGAAAAAAUAGAUAAUGAAAUCACGUCAAAAUGUUUUAUAAAUGAUAAAUUAUUUGGUGUUGCUAAAGGUGAAACAAUUAAAGAAGCUGAACAAAAAGCUGCAAUGAAUGUAUUCUUUGAUGGGAAAGAUACAAUGUUUAAUGAUUAUUGGUUACCAAUUUCUAAAAAAAAAUUAAAGAUUGCAAAAAUUGGGGAUGGUGAUAAAUUGUUUUCUAAAAAUUAUCAAAAUUUUAUAAAUUCAAAUAAUCUAAAUUUUGGAGUUGAUUCAAAUAAUUCAAAAAAAAUAAUACCAGAAGAUUCAGAUAUCAAACUUGAUGAUGUUUCAAAUUUAAAAUUGUUUUUCCUACAUGAAUUAAGAAUCGCAAAAGCAAAGUUAACUGAAGAUAUUGCCAUAAAGAAACUUGAAGAAUUUGUACAAAACUGUGGAUUUGAAAAUGCAUCAAUUGAAUAUAGAGUAAUUGGUAAUAGAACUAAAAAAAUGGGAGGAAAACCUAUUGUUCAAUUUCAAAUGGAAUGUUUUAUAAAUAAUAUACCAACUAGUAUUGCAUAUCAUGUCGAAGAAAAAAAAUCUAAAAAGAUGGCUGCUGUGAAUGCUUUACUUCGAGGUGAAAAAAAAUUAUUUGAAGAAGUAUGGUUACCAUUGACAGAUCAAUAUUUUACUUAUAAUCAAGAAAAACCUUCAUUAUUUAUUCAAAAAUAUAAAGAAUUUUUGGAGAAGAAUAAAUAUGUGAUGAAUUUUAAAUCAGAAGUAAAUCCAGAAAUCAGAGGUGCCAAGUGGGUAUAUAAGAGUUAUUAUAAUCGAUUGGAUACAGAUACAGAAUAG